AUGUUCCAUUUUGUGUUGUUUCGCUGGAUUAUGAUACAAAUCUUUAUAGUGCACACCACAUCUGAAACUGUUGUUAGAGGAAUAGUAGGACAACCUGUCAGACUGCCUUGCUUCUACCAGGUGGCACGAGAGAAGGACGUCUCUGAUAUGUGCUGGGGCAGAGGCCCAUGCCCAAAUUCAAAGUGCAAUAACAAAAUUUUGCACACCACUGGGAAUCGGGUGACGUUCAGAAAAUCUCAGCGGUACAAUCUCCAGGGCUAUAUUUCCUAUGGAGAUGUGUCUCUCAUGAUACAGGAAGUGAGGGGAGAAGAUGCAGGUACAUACUGCUGUCGCAUAGAAAUCCCGGGUUGGUUCAACGACAUCAAACAGAACAUAAAGCUGGUGGUGGCCAGAGUGUUUGAUGUGACACCAAGUGAGACUUUUCCAGAAGCAAUGGUUACAAACAGUGCUCUCCCAGACUUUUCAACUGGUUUCCAAGCAGCUGAUGUGAGGACUGAAGAUGAUGAUGUGUUCUGCUCAACAGAGCCCAUCCCUCUUCCUGAAGCAAUAACCUUGCCAGUGCCAACCGCACUUCAGACACAGGAGACAACCCUUGGUCCUUCAGAGACUUCCGCAAGUUCAGACAGCAAUCCUCAGAAAGUUGAUGUAAAACUGCCAUUAUCCAUCUCUGUCAUUCUCAGCGUAACUCUCUUAGCAGUGUCCAUUCUUUUGAUAUCAAUGCUGACGUCAUUGUUUUGGAAACGUAAACACACAAGGAAGUUUAUAUUAAAAAGCCUUAGACCAGCUGAAGAUCUUGAGAAAGUUUUCAGUGGUGUUGAAGGAGAAAACAACAUGUUUGUCCUGUGA